CAAACAGCUUCCAGUAUCAAACAAUCAAUACCUUCGAUUAGAGCAAGACGUUCAGAAGUUACAAGUAAAAAAUUGAAAAAAGCAAAAACAAGUGAAAAAGUUUAGAAAAAAUUCCAUUCAAAAUGUACAAACUAGUGAUUCUGUGUUCGGUGCUUGGUGCUCUCCUGCAGAUGGCAAACUCCCUAAAAUGUUACGAUUGUCGCGAUGAGUAUUCCUGCAAAAAUGCCUCCACCGUGGAAUGUAAUCACACCAAUGCCCUGCUGAAUAUCUACCAAAUUACAAAGUCGACAAAGUUUUCAUGCUAUGUUGGUGUUUAUACAUCAGGCGGCAAGGUAGUCUCCGAUGUCCGUGGUUGCAUUCUCACAAACGCCAUUACGUGUGAUACUCCUCCCUCAAAUCCCCACUGGGUGCAGAAGACCUGUAAUGUUUGUUCCGAGGAUUUGUGCAAUGAUCGCAAUUCGGUUGGAACAAUCUCUGCGAGUGCUGCAGUUAUGAUUGGUGUUUUGUUUGUGGCAAAAUUAUUUUUAUAUUAAAAGUUACUGUUUAACAUAAAACCAAAAAAUUGUAAAAUAUAUAAUAUACCCUACUAGAA